CAUUCACAGUUCACAGUGCUACAUUGUUUACGUUUUUAGGCUGGCCUACUCGAUUUAUUUCUGGUUGCUUUGACCGUCGCUUCAACUACUCAAAGGCGUGUGCUUGACUUGUGGAAGAAACCGUCAUGUCUCCCUCCAGCUGUGGGGUCCUGGGCGUCCUCCUGUUUGUUCUAGCAGUGAUGGACACCAUGUCACCGGCCAGAGGGAAAAAUGUUGUUCAGAUGAAUGUGGAGUCUGGCACUCCCAUCCGCAAAGUGCAUAUUGUCUUUAUGAAUCACUUGGACGUUGGUUACUACGCUGGUCGGGAUAACGAGACAGGGCUGGCGGUGCAGGUGCUGAACAGAUACCUGACGGAAUACUUUGACAAAGCCAUCAACCUGUCCCGCACUCUCAUCGAGAAAGGCUACGUGGAGAGAUUCUUGUACACCACCCAGCCCUGGCUGGUCUCUCUCGUCCUGGAUUGUCCAAAUAUCACAUUGGCCAAUAUUCCGUUGAAGUGUCCAAACGCAACAGAGAAAGAAAAUUUCAAAGCUGCUGUAAGGGAUGGCCUCAUUGCAUGGCACGCAGGGCCCAUGAACAUGCAGACGGACAAUAUGGGAGGGCUGCUGUUCAACUAUGGCCUUGACCUCAGCAAGAGCAUGGAUGCUGUAUUUGGCAUCAACCGGACACACGCUGUGUAUAGUCAGAGAGAUGUGCCAGGUAUCACGAAGGCUGUUAUCCCACGCCUCAUUUCUCGAGGGGUCAAGGCCAUCUCUGUUGGGGUCAACCCAGGCACAGCCCCACCAGCUGUUCCGAGCCCAUUCCUGUGGAAAGUGUCGGAGAAAGAUGCCGAUGGGAUUAUUGGAUUCUGGGAUAAAGGUGGUUACCCACUGAACCCAGGUCCGGACCCCGCCCACCCCGGUGGUCUAGCCACCGACAAAUGUCACUCUAUGGAAGGCCUGGAUGAGGUGCUAUGUUUUGCCUUUCGCACCGACAACACCGGGCCUCCUGUUGAUAUUGAGGAAAUAUUAGGCUACUACGAGAUUUUGAGAGCGGAAUUCCCCGGGGCAGAGCUGGUGGCCUCGACCUUCGACAACUUCAUCGCUGCCGUUGAGCCUCUAAAGGACAAGAUGCCUGUCCACACGUACGAGAUCGGGGACACUUGGAUACAAGGCAUCGUCUCGGACCCUAAGAAGACCGCCAGGUUAAGGGCCUUUGAGAGGGCCUUGGAGUCAUGUCUUGAAGCCGGUAAAUGUUCGUUGAAGGAUAGCAGAAUCCAACGAAUGCUCCGCUUCCUGAUCAAACUUCCAGAGCACACGUGGGGGGCCCAUUACUUUCUGGACAACGUAAACUGGACCAAUCAGGCGUUAUCGAGAGCCAGACAAGGUGACAUCUACCGGAGGACGGAAAUGUCGUGGCAUGAGCAGCGUCAGUUCCUGGACUAUGGCAUGGCCGCGCUGGGGGACCACCCGCUGGCCGACAUGGUAAAACAGGAAUACCAGAGGAUGGAGGCUCAAUCCCCUGACCUAAGUGACUAUGAGGAAGUGAAGCCAAAUAAAGAAGUCCGUUGUGCUGACGGCACCCGGUUCACAGUGUCUAUGGAUGGUUCUCUGAUACAGCUCUAUGACCCGUACAACAAGAUUGACUGGGCGGGGCCAAAGUACCCUCUGGGUGAACUGACCUACGACACAUACGUGGAGAAAGAUUUUGUCGACAUGGCCAAGCUGUACAAUUACGAGGCUGGAGUUGGGUACGACAAACCAAACGUGACUGUCAACGCCCACCCGGAGAAGAGGAGAUGGGAUAUCGGGGUGAAACACAUAUAUCGCAGGCGAAAUGACCCUAGCUGUGAUCUGUGGGUUCAGGCUGCCACUGUGGAUGAACAGACGAGGAGCAAAUAUGGAGCCCCGGAUUCUUUCUACAUUCACUAUGAGCAAAACAAAUACACCCCAGGUCUUGAUGUGACUGUGCUGAUGAUCGGCAAAGUGACCACUCGUCUGCCUGAGUCUGUCUCCAUCCAGUUCUCCCCACAACACCUGGGUCAGUCCUGGCUACUGGACAAGAUGGGUGUGGCCAUUGACCCGUGUCAUGUGGUGCUCAACGGCAGUCAGUACAACCACGGUGUCACCACCGGCAUCGCUUACACCAACCCCAAAGGUCAGGGACUGUUUUUCUCAACGUUAGACACACCUCUUGUCCUGAUAGGCACAGAGGGUCACAUGACCUCGCCUUUUCCGGUGCCUCUCCAGCCCCUCAACUGCUCCAGUAUCACCAGCGUAGCUUUCAAUAUUUAUAACAACAUUUGGAAUACGAAUUAUAUUUACUAUUACCCUUACGUCAAAGAAGAUGCUAAUUUUCAGUCACGAUUUUCGAUAUUCUUUCCGCAUUAAAGAGAAAUACUUAAAAAUGUACAAGCAAUGUUAAAUUUUUAGAGUGAAUUUACAAUCCACGUCAGCAUUUAACAAGUUUGUAUUAGAAAAAUAUUGCGCUGAACUUCUUUUCUCUCUAUUUGAUUUUAAUUGAAUGCUUUGCUUGCUGUUUUUAUUACCUGCUUUUGGGUCAUAAAAGAUUGGAGAUGAUUUUUUUUUUUAUGGCAUCUUGCAGCAGUUGAAUAUCAAAACGAAUGGAUUGAUUGCUUUUUUUUCACUUUUCUACACUACACACAUCUGCCUUAUACUGUGAUAUUUUCAAUCAAAGGCCAUUGUAGCUUCAGCAAUUUACGUGUGUUGUUGGAAAUAAACAUUUGUGCAGCAUCAUAAUGAGAUCAGGUACUCGUCAAAAAAAAUAAUGAAAUAAAGGAAACUGAGAUUUUUUAACCAUUGCAAUUUUUAUCGAAUUUUCUGGUUUUUUUUGUCUCAACACCUCUUAUGUUCAUUGAAAAACACAUUCCUGCUUGGGUUUUACUGAUUAAAGGUUAAUCAAAGGUACAAAAAAAAUGUAAAUUUGCAUUUUUCAAGGUCACAACAGUUUUGGAAGUCACCAAACUUUGCCUGCCUUUGCCUUUUUCUUGCUAAUUUUACCUCCGACAUCAAGUGAUCCUUCUUUAAUCACAAAAAUCUCAACUUCUAUUCUAGAUAGUUGAUUUUUUUUUCUUCAAAAGCAAGGCAAAUGAACAGAUUUUAAGAUGAUACGAAUACAGUCAACUACAGAUGAGUUGAUGUCGUCGUGGGAGUGGAAAAAAGAUCAACUUAUCCGAAGUUCAACUUAACCGUUGGGAACUGUAAACCAAAAGAGAUGCACAUGUGACGCAUUGUGGUGAAAUCAGGCGUUCCUCCAAAUAAUGAAAUCGAAGAAAAUGGCAUUUUUCCGGUACUUUGGCAAU